ACUUCACUCUAGAUUGGUGAUUUCUUUGAUCCUUUCGCCCGCUUUGCUUCUAUCUGAACAGACACAGUCUCAUGCAUCAGCCUUAUAGCCGUUGAAACUGAAACAGCCCAGUUCUCACACACAUACAAUGGAAGUAACAGCCUCAAGCCACUUUUUGAGGCAUGAAUCGACGGCAGUCUCACACACGUGAAACAGCCGAUACCUUUGGCUGAGUUUUCAAACAACUCUUCUCAUGUCACAACCUAUUCCCCCCACCAAGAAACCCUAAUCCACUCCUCCACCGACCACAGUCCAGAUUCAUGGCAGUGGAUGCCUCUAAACUUCAUCCCAAGCCAAUAUCCAGCCAAUGGGAUUACUUUGCUUGCUCUGACUUCCACAAUGGCUUGUAGACCCUCCACCGCGUCAACCACCCUCCACUACCUCAAUCCAUGGCAUUCAGGCUGACGCACCCCAUCCCCUCCCUGUUCUGGACACAUCCAUUAUUUCAGUUCCAGAAGAGAGACAGCCAUGGCACGCCCACCAGCACAGGAAAUUGUGAUUCCCAACUACCACACAGUCUUUACAUACCAAGACUCCGUCGUACUCUUUCGAUAGGUGUACGACAUCCAUUCUUUACAUUCACACUAUCGUUAUACACACUCGCUCGACGCGACACACACACUCUCUACAUACACUCUCUUCAAAUAACAAGAAAGAUGUACUUCACCACCCCCUUCCUGCUGCUGGCAGCUGCUCUCCCCAGCGCCCUCAGCCAGCCGACCCCCACCAAGGUCCAAGGCCACUCCCGUCGCCAGAUCGACAUCUCGGCCUCUGCCUCGGUUUCCAUCUCCGCCCCCUCCUCCAGCUCCAGCUCCAGCUCCACCAGCAGCGCCAGCUCCUCCGACUGGACCUCCACCCCCAGUGACGGCGACUACUCGACCUCUGGAUUCGGCAGCGAGACCUCCUCCUACGGCAGCGGCGACACCUACAUCGGCAACGUCGGCGACCCGUGGGGCAGCAACAUCAUCGAGGUGUCUGCCUCCGAGGCCUCCAACUACAAGUACGUCAUGCAACUGACGGGCCAGAACUCCGAGGACUGGACCGUUGUCUUCUGGAACAAGUACGGCCCCGAUGGAAAGAUGGACGGCUGGUACGGAUACUCUGCCUUGUCCUUCACCCUGUCCUCUGGUGAGACCAAGUACGUCGCCUUUGAUGAGGACACUCAGGGUGCAUUCGGUGCUGCCCAGGGCUCUUCCCUCCCCACUGGUAGCAGCGGCGGAUAUGCUUGCACCUGGGGUGAAUUUGAUUUCGGAUCCACUGCCAACGACGAUUGGUCUGGAUUCGAUGUUAGUGCUAUCCAGGCUCAGGACAAUGAUAUGAGCGUUCAGGGUAUGCAGAUCUGUGAUGCCCUGGGCUCCACUUGCUCCAGCAUCACGGCUGAUGCCGCCGAGGUUGACAAUGCUUAUACUUCUGCUGAGACUGAUGAGGGUGGUAUUGGUGGAAACCUCUCUGCUGGGCCUGUUCGGUUGGCUGUUGUCAUUGACUACAGUGGUUAAACAGUU